UCAGUUAAUGUUUAUGGUUGAUGCCGAUUGGUAGUCCCGGAACAAAAUAUUUCGGUGCACCAGUUACACGAACGGUUUUACUGGGUUUUGUUUUUCGCCAUUUUACCUUCAAGCAGCCGGUUGACGCUGCACACGGACAAUGCCGGUUGCGGCAACUUCAAGGUAAGCCGAUCCGGUUUUUUGCGGCGUGCUUCAAAAGUUUUUCACUCCCUGUUUUGCAGCCCAUCGGGAUGCGUAGUAGCAACGGUAGGAUAUGUGUAUUGGUGGUGAUGCUGGGUAGUAGUAAAAGGUACAGCGCAGCCAUUCGCUCGCAGCGUGUGGAGCUAGAUCGCACUCCGAUGUUUUGGCUUGUCCAGCCAAUUAGCAUACCUUCGCGUGAUCGGCCAUUCGAGGCUCAUUAGAUAGGUUGCCUUCCGCAACCUUACUACCUUAAGUCGUAGUUUCUGUUUUCUUUUUGUAUAGCUCGUGUGUGUUGAAUUGGGCGAAAUGGCAUCGUUGCCGACGGCAAACUUCCGGACCAACCAGUCGUUAGCGUUCCGAGCUAAACGUCGGAGCUCAGUGAACACGUCUAGUAUACGUCUAGACACAAGGUCUUCGCAGUAACCUCUCAAUAUCCCUCUUCAACUCUGUCCCGUACGCGGAAUAUGCGAGUUCCGGAACUUCGAGUACAUCCACCACCGGACGAUGGUGGAGUGCCGGGUCCGAAAGGAAAUCCGCAGCGUGACAUUUCGGCAGCUAGCUCAGUAGCUGCCAGUGCAAGAGCCUCGCCGCUUCAGAGCCGUCGGGGCACACUGGACAGUGUGGAGCUGGUGGAGCGUUACCACUAUGCGAAAAACCCUACCAGGAGUGGUUCACGCUCUCCGAGCCUGUACGAGCCCCGGCGGCGCCUGUCAAGCUUCGGUGCACAGAAGCGCGUCUUUCUUGAUCUGAUUCGCAAACAUGGCAGCAAGCUAUCACUCAGCCGGAAGUUUUCCGAGGUGUCGACGAAGACGGAUGAGCUCAAUCGGGAAAAUCGGAAGCUGCAGCGAGAUCGCAUUCUAGCAAGGAAUCAUCUCGGAACGGCCCUAUCGGCACUGUACGCAAAGCUUCUAAUUAUAAUGGGUGUAACGCUUCCGGUGACGGAGCUCGUUGCCACUGCUGCACCGGUCAACUUCCAUCAACCUUUCUAUCUCUACCUGUACGGUGUCUCUAUCCUGUUCUGCACCUAUCAGUACGUAGUACGCUGGAGACGGCAGGCUCAUCUCGAGUUCCUUGCACAGUGUCCCGAAGAUGAAGGCAAAGCUGCUGGUACGGUGUCUGCCUCCACCCAUAGUGGGUCGUUCUAUCUGCGCAUCGGUGCCAUUGCGUUCGGUAUCGGUAGCCUGGUGUACUCUGCCCUAGAUUUUGGCCAAUACUUCGAACUGGACGGGGAUGACGAUGGGUGUCGCAAUUUCCUGGUCGCUCUAAUGCCUGCCGCCCGGAUGCUGCUGUGCGUGGUCCAGAUGCAGUUUAUACUCGUGAGCGGGAAGAACUUCGGGCUGGAUCGGCACGCGUUCGUUUCCCGCUUCGGUCUGAUGCACAUGCUGGCGACGAACGUGUGCGAGUGGCUGUACGUGCUGGUCGAGGAGGCGAAGCAUGAAAUCGUGCACCUCGACCACAGCCUGCAGACCAACCGGACCGACCAUGCGUGGCGUGUGACCGCCAGUACGGCGGGAAACGCUACAGGAUCAAAGCAACCGUUGCCGGACGAACGGAUGGUCCCGGGUGUACAGUGCCGCAGUUCCAACAUCAUGAGCACACUCGUCCACAAUGCCGCACCGUUUCUCUUUCCCUGCACCAUCGAGUACUCGCUGAUCUGUGCGCUCACACUGUACGAGCUUUGGAGCGCUUUGAACCGCAGCACCGAUCCGACACGCAAACCGACACAGACCGACCGCACGGUUACUGGCCGUGCUGCCAACCGAUUCUCGAUCGACUGUUCCAGCGCUCAGCGCGGUCUGUUCGGUGGCAUCGUUACACUCGUGCUGACACUGAUCGUACUCAUCAUGUACUUCGUGCUGCGAAAGGAACGUCACCUGCAGCGUGCCGCCACACUCGAAAUAGUAGUGUACGAGAUCGCACUGUACUCGGUGACGCUUGUCGCUGUGCUGGUGGCGAUGACACGGAUGCGUGAUCUACGCGUCGUUACGCAGCGCUCGGCACGGAUCGGCAACCCAGCCACACUACCGAUCGAUUGCCAUCUGCUGCUCGUCACACAGACAGGCAUUUACAUCUACGGUGUGUUUUCGAUCAUUGGCACGUACCAUACGCACGGUCAACUGCUGCACUGGGCCGUCCUGUCCGAGGUGCUCGCACUGGCCCAAACCUCGCUGCAGACACUGUUCGUGCUGAGUAUGUGGUGGCGCAGAUGUAAAGGGGCCCGCCAAAACCGUACCAAACCGGGGCGGGAGAUCGUAACCUUCCUGCUGGUGGCAAAUCUUGCCGCCUGGAUGGUAAACUCGCUCGUCAAAAGUAACGCAAGCUUCCGGCCGCUCGUCAUGGGCUUUUAUGGUGCGGCUGCGUGGGCCAUCAUAGCGCACAUCUCGAUGCCGCUCGCCAUCUUUUAUCGCUUCCAUUCGACGAUCUGUCUGUUUGAGAUCUGGAAGAAUAGCUACAAGGCACGCUACAACGAACCCUGGUAGAGGUAGUGUCAUGCUCUUAUCAUGCUGAAAGACAAGUGAAUGAAGAAGAAGAUACCCAAUCACCCGGUUGCUGUCAUGCGUCUGUCAAAUGUUGUCAGUGUUAGUCAGCUAACGGCUAUUUAGGCAUCACGUCAAACAACGUCAAACAACGUCAACAAAGGCCCACCUUUGUAAAACAAAAACCAUUAGUCAUCAACGCACGCACCAAUUAGUGCUUUACACAGUGAAUAAACUCAUCAGCCCUAGCGUAAAUAAAAGCCAUGCUAUCGGUUCCGAAUAGUGGCAAUAAAUUGAGCAAUACUGCUUACUUUUAA